AUGGCGACGCCGCCCAAGAACGAUGCCCCGCCGGGCAAGACCUCGCCGCCACCUAUAGAGUAUCGCUACAUGUACGAAGAAGACAAGAGCCCAAGCGAUCAGCUUUAUGCCCUUUUGAGGGCCAUCAGCCGCCAUGUGAUUUGCAACAUUGGCGACAAGGACGUCGGUCAACUGACGCCUAAGAAACUGGCCGCCUUUUACAAAGCUGUUGGCGGUGACUAUGAUUCCCUCUUCGUCGAUAUGCCCCACGAAUCUAUCUCCUACAUCUGGCAGGUCACCGGCUGCCAGCACACCCUUCAGCCCACCGCGGACGACUUCGCCAGGCCUUCCAUCCCGGCGCUCACACCGAGAGGCUUCUCGCGAUGGGAGUCGCUGGAGAUCUUGCUUGGUCCGGAGGAGCAUGUCCCGUUCCUUCAAUACGCCGUCAAGAACUGGCAUCUGAAGCACCCGGAAACCGGACAGGACUUCCCGCCCGACCUUCCCAAGACCGUCUUUCCCACCGGGGCAGACGAAGAGGUCGACCGCUGGCACAAGUCGUGCGCCGACAAGCUGAGAAAAGAGGCUUCCAAGGAGCGAGAAGCCUCCGGCGCUGCACCUGAGCCGGAUCACCCCGAACCAAAGUUUGCCUAUGUGCGGAAGUCGUUCCAGACUCCGUUCCAAGCUCGACAGCGGCCCGCUGACCCCGCCUACUUUGAACGACCCGUCGCGUAUAACCACGUCCCCGGCCGACACGGUGGACGAAUGCCGACCCGCGCAUCGCCUGAAAGAUAUCAACAGGACAGAAACGCCGAGGAGCAGGCCAGGCGGAGGAGCUUCUCUGACUACAAGAUGCCACCUCAACCCGAACCCGCAUCCCACUCCCACGGAUCGCCAUAUCUUGAUCCCAACACGAACGCCAAGCGGCCUGAACCGACCCGUCGACAUAGCCAGCCGAGACAUAUCUCUUCCGACUCGUCCGACGAAGAUCCCACCCCGCCCCGGACAAAGCGAAGACAGGAUACCAGCCCGCCAUGCGCUCCGCAACCCCCAACAUCUAAGCCACCGCAAACAUACCGCCAUCAUCCCGAUAUCAGAACCGAAGAGGCGCCUCGGCGACGAGCAGGGACUAACUCCAGUUUACGGGAGAAGUUGACGGAGAAGGUAUCCAACAUCCUUCCCAACGGAAUUGUGCCAGACAGGCCACGCACCACUUCUCGACCCACCUCGUACAACGAAUCGUCCCGAACGCGCCGAAGUCGUGACCUCCCGCCCUCUCGUCUCAACCGAAGCUACUCCGACCUGGACUCGGACAACUCGUCAGAUCCUGAGAUUAGUGCGGCCGACUACCAACGGAGGCAGAGGGCGCGAGAUGACCGAGAAAGUCGGGAACGAGAUCGUCUCCGUGAGAGGGACAGAGGUCGACCAAGAGACUUUGAUCGGGAGCGCGACGAGGAGCGGCGGGCGUACAUGCGCCGGCCGGACAUGGAGCGACGGACGAGUAGCCACGCUGACAUGGAUCGACGACGUGACCACGCAUCGUUUGACCCGCGUAACCGAGAACAAGAGAGAAAGAGAUGGGACAGACGAUCGCCGCCCAACAACGAGAGAGGGACGAGCCCGAUGACCGGAGUAUCAGGGAGACGGUACCCCGAGCCGGCCUACACCUAG